AUGCAACGAAGAACCACCAAACUCUUCAGCAACCCAGAGCUCGAAAUGAAGCUGGACACGACGGACAAAGCGACCAGAAGGGUGAUAGCGCCCUACGUGAAGAUCGUGCGCAAGGGCGAGAAAGCGCCCAUCGAGAAGGAGCUGGAGGUGCAGGUAUACGAAAAGUUCAACUUCUACCUGCAGCACAAGCCCAACGCCCUGCUGUUGGACCUCUCGACCUUCCUCUCCGACAGCGUGGAUCUGAUGCUGCUGCUCCACGAAACGGCCGAGGUUUUGAGAGUGACUACCAAAGCUACUGGUGUUACGCUUUAUAUGGUCGACCACGCUUCGGAAGAAAUUUACCAGAGUCAGAAGAACUUUCAGACUCCCCGUCACAAGGUGAAUUGGAAGAUCCAGAAGGGCAGUACUAUCGCUGCCUACGUGGCGUUUAAAAAAGAGUACAUUAUGGUGGAUGAAAUAUUGGGAGACGAGAGGUUCCUGCACGGCUUGGGAUUCGAAGGUCACAUGGUCAAAUCUGUCCUCUGCGUCCCGAUCGUAACGCCCGACGCGGAAUGCUACGCCGUGAUAGAACUAUUUAAAAACGUCGGCUUCACGCCUUUCAACAAAGACGAUUUGAAGAUUUCCAUAGUGCUGGCCGGCUGGGUGGGCGCUUCGAUCCACCAGAACCAAGUCAGGAUAACGCUGCAACGCCAGCAGGAACUCAACGACUACCUCUUGGACCUGACCAAGUGCUACUUCGCCGAAACGGUGCCCAUCGAGACCAUGAUAACCGAGAUAGUGAAAUUCGCUAAAGCGAUACUGGGCGCGGAGCGCGGCACUUUUUUCAUAAUAAACGAAGAUUCCGCGGACCUGGCAGCCGAUGUGUUCGAAGAGGGCGUGGACGUUGGCGAGCUGACGAUGCACAGGAAGAACGCCAAAGUGCGCUUGGCUAAAGACAGGAGUAUAGCGGGCUUGGUAGCUAGAACUGGCGCUACAGUAAACAUCAGGGACGCUUACAAAGAUCCCAGGUUCUUUACGGAGGUCGAAGAGAAAACGGGAUUCAUAACCCGAUCAAUCCUGUGCAUGCCUAUUGUUAGCGUUAAUAACAUGCUAGGGGUGGUGCAAGUGGUGAAUAAAAUGAACGGAGUUUGCUUCACCCCGUCCGAUGAGGACUUGUUCAAAACGUUUUCGGUAUACUGCGCGUUGGCGCUGCACUAUACGAGGCUGCAUCAAAAAAUGUCUCGAACGGAAAAAAUAAACGACUCGAACUUGAAGCUUCUGAAGCUGCAGAUGAAGCCCUGCGUGCACGACAUGGAAACAUUUAUGGCUAAUGCGCAAGUUACGCUCCCUUAUAAUUUUUUGGAAUUCCGAUGGUACAUUUCAGCGGACGAUUACCCGUUGAUGCCUCAGUUGGUUUUGUACAUGUUUACCGACUUGAUACCCAAGGAGGACGUUCACCAAAAAAAUUUAAUGGAAUUCAUCCUUACCGUGAAAAAGUGCUAUCGCAACAAUUAUUAUCACAACUUCGAGCACGCUUUCAACGUAAUGCACUGCAUGUAUAAUAUAUUAACGAGAAAUAGAGACGACUUUACGGAAAUUGAGAUAAAAUCACUUUUGAUUGCCGCUUUGUGCCAUGACUUGGACCACGGAGGCUUCACCAAUAAUUUCCUUCAACUAACUGACGAUACGUUGGCCCAAUUGUACGAGGAUUCUAUUUUAGAAAAUCAUCAUUAUUACGUGGCCAUGACCAUAUUAAAUGCAAUACCGAUUUUUAACAAUAUGACCGCCGACGAUCACAAAAUAAUGGCCAAGGAAUUACAAGAAGCGAUCCUGUCCACGGACUUGGCGAGCUACUUCAAGUUUAGAGUGAAGUUGCUUCAACUUAUCACCGAAAACUUGCUGAACACCGCGAAUCAGCGGCAUCGAACGCUAAUAAAGGCCAUCUCGAUGACCGCGUCCGAUUUGUCGGGUAACUGCAAGCCUUUUAUUGUCGCUAAAACGAUUUGCGAGAAUAUAUUGAAGGAAUUCUACCAUCAAGGCGAUUUAGAGAAGAGAAUGGGGUUAACGCCGCUCUCCCUGAUGGAUCGGGACAAAUCGCAAAUGGUUCCCGAAGACCAAGUGCAAUUCAUGACAAUCAUAGUCUUACCUUGUGUGGACAUAUUAAUAAAUAUUUUUCCAAAUACCGUGGAUCUUCAGAUUGAAGCGAUAACUCUAAAGAAAACUUGGCAAGAAAUAAUUGCCUUAAAAGGACAAAAGAGCUGGCGCCAAGACGACUCAGUAGUGGACCAAACAGAUUUAUUAGAAAUAAAUGUAUUUGAUUAA